UGUGCAAUAUAAAAUGCAACUUAGAUCGAGAGUAAAAUUUUUAUUUGACAUAUUUUAAGAAAGAAUUGCUUUUAAAACAAAUGUUAUUGUAAAAAAAUUUAAAUAAUUUUAUCAGUUAAAUAUUUUACGAAUUAAGUGUUCAAUUAGUAGCUGAAAAAUGCUUCAUACAAUCAUAUAAUUACUAGUUGAUAAUUUAUUUAAUAAGUUAAAGUCCGAUGUCUUCGAUUUGUUUUUAAAUGGUUUGGAAAAGCCAAUUAUUAUGGAUCAAAAACCUCGACCACAUACUUUUGUUGUUCCACAGUCACCUGUUAUUAGUCAAGUAUCGCCUACUAAUACUUCCCCAGCAACUUCUAAUUAUGUUUUGACAUCUAGUAAUUUUCGACCAGUUACCAAUUAUACUAUUAUUGCUAGUUCACCUGCUUCAACCACUCAUUCAUAUAUUACUCAAUCUGGUAUACGAACAACACAUCCACAAUUUGUAAAUGUUCAAAGUACUUCCAAUGUUCGACAUAUCUUAUCUUCCAACUCUCAACCAUCCAAUAUAACUUAUAUGUUGCCAUCGGGUGCUCAUAUUGUUAGAAUGAGCAGUAUUGUAACUCCAACAGUUACCGGUGAGCAGCAUUCAGGACCGCAGUUUAUAUUAACUUCAAGUGCUCAGAAAAUUAGUCCAAAUACAACUAAUUCAUCUCAAUCUUCCAAAACAAAUAAUGCAGUAACGGAUAACAAUGCUCUAGUUGGUGAACUACUAACCAAAACUAUAGGUGUCAGUAGUAAUACACCUCCAACUUUUCAAAAAUCAGGAAUGUCAUUGCCUAGAUUAAGUGCAGCUUAUUAUAAUCAAGUAAAAGGAAGUGAAUCACCAAGAAUUUCUUUUAGAUCAAUAAAUGAACAACAAAAAUCAGGAACUAGUUUUAUAUUGGCAUCUAGUGAUUGGUCACGAACAAAAAAUGUGCCCGUUUCUAAUUUAUCAAAAAUUGGUAAUAACUAUAUGCAAAUACCAUUGAUACAAAAGUCUGGUACAAUGUUAUCAACAAAUGUUUCAAGGCCAAGUACUGAUGUUCGUGCUGGCCAGCAUCAAAGAUCUCAGAAUCAAACAAUUCGUUCUGUAAUACUACCAUCUAACUAUCGCACAGCUAUGUCACCACAAAGAAACACAGAUUGUAGAUUAGUUCUUAAUUCUAUUAAUGUACCUUCACAAGUUUUAACAUCAACUGAUGGAAAACCUCGAAUGGGUAAUGUGCCUGUUACAAACAUUCAAAAAUUUGGUACCAACUAUGUACAAAUUCCUAUUACACAAAAGUCAGGAACAAUACUUUCACGUGGUAAUCAACAUCCUUCUACUGACAGUAAUGUAAGAGUUGGUCAACAACAACAUCAAAUUAGAUCACUUAUUUUACCACCUAAUUAUCGAGCAACUAUGGUAUCUCCAAGACGAGGUCUAGAUUACAGGCUUAUAUUAAAACCAGUUAAUAUUCAACCACAAGUGUUAAAAACUUUACCUUCUCCUAGGCAAAAUUCCUCACGACAAACUCCACCUCCUGUAUCACAAUCCAACUCUAAUCGUGUUGCUUUACUACGUUCAACAAAUAAUAAAAAUCAUAAUGAAACUGAAGUACUAGCUACUUCAAAAAUUGUACCUAUUCCAUUAAAAGGUCGAAAAAGUCAUUUAGUUAUUUCUGAUAGAACUAUUAAAAUGGUUGUUGAUGAACUUAACCAAAAAAAUAUAACGGAUAAUGAAUCAAUCCUAAAAUUAACACCGGCAAGCAUGGAAAUUGUGCAAGCAGAAGUAUCAUAUAGAUUAUUUUAUUUAUUAAGGGAGUGUAAAAAAGUUUUAGUAAAAAGUCAUAUGAAUGUAUUAACUGAAGAAAUUGUUCGACAAGUUUGUGCUGACUAUUUUACACCAUUUUAUGGAAAUAAGUUGUGGCCAUUAUUCUGUUUGAAACCUAAUGAGGAUGAGAUUGAGAGUAAUAAUCUUGAAAAUCGAGUAUGGAUUAGAAAACAUAACAAUGUAAAUGUUGUUGGUUGGUUAAAACAUCCAAAGUUUCGUAAUCCUAGCUAUAUUAAAAAACGUCCUAAAAUAAAGUUAAAAAUUAAAGAGUUUGUUCCUGAUACUGUAGAACAAGUACUUAAUGUGCAGCAAGAUUUUCUAUCUAAUACAACUAUUACUAGAGUUAAUGAUAAGAGUACUAUAAAAUCCAUGACAAUUAGUCAAAUGGAUUUAAGUGACAAACAAAUAUCUCGUGAAAUUUCUUUAAUUAAUCACACAUCAUCUUCACAAAUAUCUUUAGACAUGUUAUCUAAACAAGCUGCUGCUCAAACUUGUACAGUAAAACCCAUAGAAAAUACCAAUAUAAAUCCCACAACAAUUUUAAAUACCCCUAUAACUGUAUCAACAAUAAAGUCAAGCCAAUCACAUGGUAGUACAAACAAUAGUCUUAUUAAUAAUAAACCUAGUAAAGUACCUUACAUUAUUUUAGAUUAAAAUAAAUAAAAAUUUUUUACAUAUUUCUUUAUCAUUUUUUUCCUGUUAGUACAAUUUCAAAAAUUAUUUAUUUAAAAAUGACUAAUAAAUCAAAAUAUUAUUUUAUAAUUCAGUAAAAAAUCUUUCUAAACAUCAAUAUUUUUUCAAUAACUCAACAAAAAUUUAAAAUUUGUAUAAGAUUUUAAAUUAUUCUAGCUUUCUUAUCUUAUGACUAUAAUUUUAA